AUGUCUUCUAUCUAUCUAUCUAUCUAUCUAUCUAUCUAUCUAUCUAAUCAUGUUCAUAUCUAUUUCAUCAUGUUCAUAUCUAUCUAUCUAUCUAUCUAUCUAUCUAUCUAUCUAUCUAUCUAUCUAUCUAUCUAUCUAUCUGCUUUAAAAAGAAAAAAAGGUUAUUCUUUUGAUGUACUUUCAAUAGAUUUUGCAUUUUUUUUUUCGAAUCUUUUCUCUAUUCCAUUAUUAUCUGUCUUUUCUUUUUCGCUGCCUGUUUUGGUUCACUUUCCUUAUUUUGCUCACUGUUCUUCUUUUAUUUCCUCACUUUCUUAUUUUCCUGAUGUUUUUUCUUUCUUUUUUCUUUCUUUCUUAUUAAAAUUAUUUUCUUCUUUCUCUUUGAUUUAUUUCACUUGUUACUUUUUUCUUUCUUUCUUUCUUUCUUUCUUUCUUUCUUUCUUUCUUUCUUUCUUUCUUUCUUAUAUAAAAUUACUUUCUCUUUCAUUUUUUUUCCUUAAUUUCUUUUUAAUAUAUUGUAUUGGACAUUUACAAUUUCUUUCUUUUUUUCCUUCCUUUGAUUUCUUUCACUUGUUACUUUUCUUUCUUUCUUUCUUUCUUUCUUUCUUUCUUUCUUUCUUUCUUUCUUUCUUUCUUUCUUAUAUAAAAUUACUUUCUCUUUCAUUUUUUUUCCUUAAUUUCUUUUUAAUAUAUUGUCCUGGACAUUUACAAUUUCUUUCUUUUUUUCCUUCGUUCUUUCUUUACAAUUUUCGAUUUCUUUCACUUUUUACAUUUAAUUUUCUUUCUUUCUUUCUUUUUGUCUUUUUUUCUUUCUUUCUUUGCAAACUUUGA